CUGAAACGCCGGUGGGGUUGCAGGUGCCGAAAUAUUCGCGUCUAAAUUGUGUAUAAAGUACCGACAGCAUGGCAAGUGAGAGAAAACGGAGAAGAAUUGUUCCCGCAGAGGGUCGUGCUAUGAUCGCUAAAGUUUUCCACUUUCUAAAAGAAGAAUAUAAGUUCACGGAACUUUAUAAAGAACCACAUUGUGAUUUGUCACAUUUGCGCAACAUAUCCAAGCGCACCGCGGAAGCAACGGGCACAAGUCCAAGAACAGUACAGAAAAUAUUACAAGAAGAAAGAAACCUUGCCAAUGGAUCUGCUAAAUUUCCAGCGCCACUCAAAAACAGACAAAAAAGACCCGGUAAAGUAGAUAUCAACGAACGUAUAGCUUAUACCAUACGAAGCUCAAUACGUAAUUCUUAUGUUAUACGUAAACGAAUACCGACAUUAACACAUGUGAGACAGACCUUAAAUGAACAAAUCGGUUACGAUGCCUGCCUAGCCACGAUUCGUAAGUUAUUAUUGAAAGUGGGCUACACGUGGACUAAGUCAGACACUGGUAGGAAAGUUUUGAUUGAGCGACAUGACGUCCAAAUGUGCAGAUUGCAAUAUUUGAAAAAAAUAACUGAAUACCGCUCCCAAGGUCGGCCUAUUGUCUAUACUGACGAAAGUUACGUCACGACGAAAAAUGUUAAGUCUGGCUCACGAGCCGCACACGUAGCCAGGUAUGUUUUAGCACACGCGGGAACUUCAGAUGGGUUCAUUGAGAACGCUUGUUUACUUUACCAAGCUAAUACAAUUAACGGAGAUGAGUAUGCAAAGAAGAACUUUGAAUUUUACCAAAAAUGGCUGGAUGAAAAGUUGCUACCAAAUUUACCGGAUCGUUCUGUGAUAGUGUUAGACAACACAUCAUUCGACAACAUUUUCGUGGAGACACUGCCGACGAUGCAUGCAGAUACAUCUCAAAUGGAAGAAUGGCUGUCGUCCAAGAACAUACCUUUCGAAAGAAACUUACGCCAAAUUGAGUUAUACGACUUGAUAAAAAAGCACAAAAGCGCAUUUACUACAUACAAAAUCGAUACCUACAUCGAGAGUAAAGGAUUCGAAGUACUGCGUCUGCCUCCGCACCAUCCAGAACUCAACGCCAUAUUGAACAUAUGGGACACCGUUAAAAACGACAUCGUUACUGUCGACUAUGAUGUAGCUUACACGGAAAAAAUUAUUCGCCAUGGUGUUGAAAAAAUAACUGGUGAAACAUGGCGCAAUACCUGCGACACAGUAAUUAAGAAAGAAGAAGAAUAUUUGGAGUACUUUGACACUGGAUUUGAAUACAUAGCCUGUUUGCAGGACGAGAGUGAGGGAGAAGCGGCAUCCGCAUCUGAAUCUGAAGAUUCUCAAGGUGACGUUAGUGAAGCGAGUGACUUUGACGAGUCAACUAUUGUCGAUGAGUAA